AUGGCUGUCAAAAGAGAGCCAGUCGAUAUUCCUGCCUUUGCAACCACGCAACUCGCCCUUCUUGAACAAGAACUUCAGACAGAGAUCAACGAGACAAGCACACUCAUCUCCAACCACAGCCCGACAGCCCUUCAACGAGCUGGCCUUGCUCUUAUAAACCUCGUUGUCUCGGGCCAGCGUACGGGUCUUGGGGGCCGAACAGUUCUUGAGCUCUCUCCGGAUGCCGCCACGGGCUCACCUGACGAGCUACCUGAGCAUGGCUUGCGCACUGGAGACAUUGUUCUUGUCGCUGAGCAGCCGGCGGGAAGCGCCAAAAAGCGUGAAGUAAAAGACCUGGAGAAGAAGGGGGCGAGAGGUGUUGUUACCAGAGUGAGCAGAGGAUGGAUUGCUGUUGCGAUCGAUGAGGGGAGGGAAGAAGUUGGCUUCCUGGGCAGAGUAUGGGCUGUCAAAUUGGCAGACGAAGUGACAUACAAGAGAAUGAACUGGGCGAUGGAGAAGCUAAACAAGAUGCAAGAGUCGGAAUAUUCUAGUUUCAUCAGAGUACUCUUCGGCUUAUCCAGCCCAUCGCCAGUUUCCGAAGAUUUAUCUAAAGAUGAAACCGUGGGCAAUCUCGAGUGGUUUGAUCCAACGCUCAACGACUCACAAAAGAAUGCAAUUCGGUUCGCUUUGCUGUCUCGAGAAGUCGCAUUGAUUCAUGGGCCUCCGGGAAUGAUCAAAUUGGGUCAAAGAAUUCUUGUCUGCGGGCCUUCCAACAUUUCUGUUGACAACAUCGUCGAGAGACUAGCUCCUCACAAGAUCCCGAUCCUUCGUCUGGGCCAUCCCGCUCGUUUGCUGCCCUCUGUGGUUGACCACUCACUCGACGUACUCACGCAAACAUCAGAAGCGGGUGCUAUUGUGAAAGAUAUCAGGACAGAAAUGGACACCAAGCAGGCCUCAAUCAAGAAGACGAAAAGCGGCAAGGAGCGCAAAGCAAUCUACACUGACCUCAAAGAACUGAGAAAAGAGUUUCGUGAACGAGAACGUCGCUGUGUCAGUACACUGAUUGGCGGCAGCAAGGUCGUUCUUGCAACACUGCACGGGGCAGGAGGCUAUCAGUUGCGGAACGAUGAGUUUGAUGUUGUUAUUAUCGAUGAGGCCAGCCAAGCCCUCGAAGCCCAGUGUUGGGCCCCUCUCGUAUCUGCCAACAAGGUUGUCUGUGCCGGUGACCAUCUGCAGCUCCCGCCAACCAUCAAAUCAAGCAAUGCAAAGGUUAAGGCGCCAGUCAAGGAUGGCGGAACGGUCACAAAGGGCACCACGCUUGAGAUCACCUUGUUUGACAGACUGCUGGCAUUGCAUGGGCCCUCCAUCAAACGCAUGCUAACCACACAGUAUCGAAUGCACGAGAGUAUUAUGCGGUUCCCUUCUGAUGAAUUAUACGACUCUAAGUUGAUCGCUGCUGAUGUGGUGAAACAUCGCCUCCUGAAAGACCUUGAAUAUGAGGUCCAGGACAAUGAGGACACCAAUGAGCCUGUCAUCUUCAUAGACACACAGGGAGGUGACUUUCCCGAAAAGAACGAGGAAGACGACAAGGAGACUCCUAGAAAGGGCAGAGCAGGUUUACAUGGUGACAGCAAGAGCAACGAGAUGGAGGCUGCUCUUGUACAACAGCACGUGAGGCAACUCGUGGGUGCUGGGGUCCGCCCAGAAGACAUUGCCGUCGUGACACCUUACAAUGCCCAGCUCGCCAUACUAGCUCCGCUGAAAGACAAAUUCCCGGGCAUCGAGCUCGGUAGUGUUGAUGGUUUUCAAGGUCGCGAAAAAGAGGCUGUAAUCGUGAGCCUCGUUCGGAGCAACUCUGAGGGCGAGGUUGGAUUCCUCGGCGAGAAGCGCCGUCUCAAUGUCGCAAUGACACGCCCGAAGCGUUCUUUGACGGUUAUUGGAGACUCGGAGACAGUUCAGAGGGGAAGCAGCUUCUUGAAGAAAUGGAUGCAGUAUCUCGAAGACAACGCCGACCUGCGAUACCCAGAUGCAUCUAGCUUGACGCACGACUAA